AUGCCCAAAGUGGUGCACAUCCGAAACCCAGCUUUGGGCUUGCUGUUCCGCUCCGUCCAAGUGGCCAUUCUGACCUAUUUUUUGUUUUUUGUCAUGUGGUGGAACAAGGGCUAUCAGUCAAAAGAUAAAUCCAUCGGUGGAGUCACUGCUAAGGUUAGCGGAAUAUCUUGGUUUGAGAUACCGCAUGAUUUGAAUAGACCAACGUUCCUGAUUUUGGAUAAAGGAUCAUACAAUCUCCGCUCAUUGCAGAAUUCUGGACUCUAUUUGGUCACCCGUGUGCACGGGAUAGAAAUUCAAACACUGGGAUUUUGUGCUGAAGUGGAUACUUUAGUUGAUGCUCGCUGUCUUCGAGAUGAACACUGUCCAGUCGGUAGCUCCGCUGGACUGUCUGUUGUAGACUUUCGUGGCUACAUGUUAACCAACGACGAGAUAAAUUUAUACGAAGACGGACAUGGCGUAUUUACCGGUCGUUGUUUGAAUGAAACGAAGACAUGUGAGAUCUACGGAUGGUGCAGACUUUAUGGUCAUGAUGUUGGCAAGUCCAUAAAACAACCAAAUGAUCGAUUGUUACCUCCUCCGAAUGUUUUGGAGGAACCGUUUUCUCACUUUGUCGAUUUAAACUUUUUGUAUGAACGCAAAAAGUUUACUGUUAACGAGACACACACACCCCGUUACCUCAAAGAGAUUCUAAACUUUACCAUCCUUAUAAAGAAUGCAAUUGAAUUUCCGUAUUUCGGAGUGAAAAGGCGCAAUAUUUUACCGUGGAUGACGGAGGUCUACCUGCAACAGUGCCGGUACAAUCCGGAACAUGCGCAAGACAAAUACUGUCCAGUAUUUCUCGUCAGGGAUAUGCUUCACCUGGCUGGUGUAGACUGGAGAAAUUUGCUCACUUUCGGAGGUGUAAUGGCCAUCACCGUGGACUGGCAAUGUGAUCUUGACUGGUCUGUAGAUUAUUGCCUACCAGAUUAUACAUUCCGACAACUUGAGGUUGAAUACGAGAUAGACAAACAAGCUGGCCCAAAAGAUGUCACACUGAGCGAGGGAUCUUCACAACAGAUCAUUGUUAAAAUGGAAACUGAUGCACAGUUGAAUCGAUACCGCACAGUGAUGCAGGCCAGUGGCAUUACCUUUCUUAUUCGUGUUACUGGUGAGGCGGGUAAAUUUAAUCUGCUAGAAUUCACGAUGCGUUUCGGAUCUGGAAUGGCUCUGUUAGGUGGUGCGACAAUAAUCUGUGAUCUUAUUGUGUUUCAUUUUCUACGUGACCGUCAUCGUUAUAAGCAGGCAACCUGUGAUGACAAGACGCUGCGAAGACUACUAAAAAUGGCAGCAGAAGCCCAGAUGCCACGAUCCAGGCGAACUAAACUUCGAGAAAGCUUUAUGGCACCACGCAGAACAACACCAGUAGAUAGACCAGACGUUGCUACGCCCAGUAUUUACUUGAGUCAGCCUCCUACGGUCACUGUCGACAGCUCCAUCAGUCUUUCCUCUCGAGCGCAGUAUCAAAUCUUGAAUGGUAUACCAGGGAGUGAAUCAUCAAUGGAAUCGAGUCUCCAGCAGGUUUGUUCAUCGGCUGAAAUUAAGCUGGGAUAUCUCCACCCAAAUUCACAGACUGUAAGAACACCUUCUUCCGUUACCUCGAUAUAUUUUGCUCCUCCACAACGGGAUCGUAUUGUAGAAUCACCCUUCUUUGCCCAAAAUGAAACAAAAUGA